CAAUCCCCUUUCACACGGGAGAUGCUUAUAGCCUAGCAUUACGUUAAAGGUUAGCUCCUUAGCACGUAGUAAGUUUGUUUAAGCGAAUGUAGUCACACAGUGCUAUGUCUCCAUUAUAAACUUUUAUCAUCCGUUGUUUGGAUUUUAUCUCGGAGUAAGCUGUUCCGGGGUUUAUUGAACGGGAUCAACUGAACCCCAAGACAACAACAAAUGGAACAGGUCAAGGAGUUGGAGGCAUCAGGUACCGAAAUAGUCAUGGCGAAUUUGUCCAAUUAUGCCGUACGCAUGGCUCGCCUCAGCGCCCGCAUCUUUGGUGACGUGGUGCGGCCUACAGACUCCAAAUCCAUGAAAGUGGUGCAGCUGUUCAAAGAGCCUCCUAUGGCACAGAAGAAAGAGGUGUAUGACUGGUACCCUCAGCACAAGAUCUACUAUUCCCUGACCCAGAAACUCCGGUACAUGGGCCUCUUCAGAGAUGAGCACCAGGACUUCAAGGAAGAGAUGCGGCGUCUCAGGAAGCUGCGCGGAAAAGGAAAGCCCAAAAAAGGAGAAGGAAAGAGAGCCAUGAAGAAAAAGUAGGCAAGAAGAUGCUGCAUUUAAGGGCCACUUUUUCAGGAGUCUUGAAUUCCUGCAUAUCUCAGAGGACGUUCAUGUGUUUGGAUGCAGUGACUGUCCCAUUCUGCUGCUACAGAGAAUGCAGAGAUGUGAAUCCUCGGCCGACAGUGGAGAAAAUUCACGUCUUGAGUGUUACUCAUUUUUUUCUGGAUUAAAAUAUUCACUUUGAUAUAAA